CAUGGAUCCACAAAUUUUCUUUACGGAAUGUAGAGACAUUUUAGAUGCUCACCAUGAUAGAAGAGAAAGAAUCAUCAAGGUGUCAAGAGAUAUCACAGCACAGAGCAAAAAAAUGAUUUUUGCCUUGCACAGAGCAUCACAAAUGAAUCAUAAAGAAAAGUUUAAAGAAGUUGAUAAAAAACAAGAGGAGAUCAUUUCACUCUUUAAAAAGUUGGCUCAAGAUAUUCAAGGUUUAGACUAUCAUAGAUAUUCCAGAAGUUUCUCGGGUGGUUUCGAAGAAUUUAUCGAAGCUAUCGCAUUUUAUCACUUUUUAGUUCACCAAAACGUCAUCACAAAAGAUCAAGUGGAUGCUUAUUUCAUUGAUAAGGAGACCGACGAAAAAUGGCUGACUGUCAAGACUGAAGAUUAUAUUCUAGGAUUGGCUGAUUUUACAGGGGAGUUGAUGCGUUACGCCAUUUAUGUAGUCUCUACAGGAAACUACGAUCAGGCCAUGUUGAUUUGUAAGCUAUUGAGAAAGAUCGAUACAGACUUUGAACUGAUUGCUUCAGCAUAUAUGCCUCAAUUAUUUAAAAAGAUGGGCGCUUUGAAAGGUAGCAUUAAGAAGGUGGAACAAGCUUGUUACACAUUUCAAAUAAGAGGAAGUGAAUAUCCAAAGGAAAUGUAUUUAACAAUAAUCAAAGACCAUCAAGAAAAAUACGAACAACAAAAUUAAAUAAAUGAAAAGCAAAACUUUAAUUGUUUAUAAA